UCUGCUUGGGGACGUUCUCUCUCACUUCAGAUGCGACGUCGCUUAAUAAGUCUUCAGCGUCCGUUCUUACUCUUAAUCACUCGUGCUUUUCGCACAACAUCCUCUUCUGCUUUACAAGUCCUGAGUGGAGUUCCUCCCCUUGAUUUAUCAGUGGAGCGAGAGUCUAUGUUGGCAAAUGUUCUUCGUCUUCGGAAUUCAUUUUCAUUGUGGAAUCGAACUUACAGUCCUUCAGAUUAUAUGCAUCAUUAUUCUUCUUUUAUAUGUUCUCCUUCUGAAUUUGAUCUCCCACUUAGAAUUUCACAUAAUAGUUCAAAUAUACCCUCUACAGAUUUUUCAAUAUUUACAGAUGGUUCUCGCAUUGAUGGGGGAACGGGCUGCGGUCUUUGUGUCUAUUCUCAACAAACUCUCCAAUUCUCUUGGAAAAGGAGUCUUGGUCCGGUUAAUUCUGUUUUUCAAUCUGAACUUCUUGCACUGCGUAAAGCAGUUCGACUUGCAGCAUCUUUCCUUCCUUUAUCGUCCUCUAUUUUUUCUGAUUCAGCCUCUAGCCUUCAAUCUCUUUUGCAAUUACAAUCUCGUAACCCCUUGGUUAGGGAAAUACAGACAGUUUUACAAUCAAUUCCUGUGACUGAUCGACCGUGGAUGGCCUGGAUACCUGCUCAUGUGGGUAUUGUAGGUAAUGAAAUGGCGGAUCGGUUAGCUAAAGAGGCUGCUUUUCUUUCUCAUCGCUCUCUUUCAUCUCUUCCUGCUCCUCCCUCUUUUCUUAAGCGUGCUUCUUAUAAUUCUUUAUUGUCCAUUUGGCAGGGGCGCUGGGAUAGCGAUGUAGUGGGUCGACGGACUUAUAGUUUUCUCCCCCGUGUAUCCUUCUCAUUACAAACUUCUACAUCAUAUUUAACCUGCGUUUUAAAAUCUGCCAUCUCCUCUCCGGCUUCCGCGGGACCUGCACCACAAAAUAGUGAGGAAGAUCGUCAAUUUACACAGGUUCAGCGAAAACCUAAAAGUAAACGCAAACCUCUUUCAGAUCACGUUCUUAUAAUUAGCUCAACAGACACUACAGUCUCUCCAUCUGCCCUGCAAAAACAACUUGCAACAAGCUUUAAUCCAAAUAAAAUAGGAGCACCAAUACAACAAAUUAGACCUACUAAGUCCAAGGAACUUCUGGUUCGUUGUGGUACCAAGGAACACCUGGAUAAACUAAAAAAUUCACUUACGACUCAAGAGGAUCUAAAAGACAAAGUUCAAUUUCGGGAGCCUCGAGUUCCACAGAGAAGCAUAAUUCUUUUUGGAGUACCAUCGGAAUUCACAGCAGACGAUUUAAUUAAAGCCUUUGGAGAUUUCAGUUCACCAAAAAAACAAGGGGCUAUUCAUCCAAGAACCCCACUUCAACGCGCUGACUCCAAAAAUAACUGGAUUAUCAAUCUCGAUAGAGACUACUUCGAACAACUAGGAGCCACUGGACGACUGUAUCUGGGUUUCUCGUCUUGCCCAUUGCGUGCAUACGUCCGAAUCAAUCGCUGUUUCAACUGCCAGGAGUUUGGUCAUCACAGUAAGGACUGCAAAAAUACACCUGUGUGUGUGCAGUGUGCUCAAGCACAUACUCUUCCUCCCAACACCUGCAAGGCUCAACCACAGUAUUCCAACUGCACGACUUCGAACUCCUCACAGCAUACUACGCACGAUUGUAAUCACUCUGCUAACUCCAGACAAUGUCCAACCUACAAGGCCGCCCUACAGUCAGCACUACAUCGCGAACUCCAACAACAAUGA